AGAGUGCUGGAGGGAACCAAGCUGGUUUGGCGCUGCUGCUGCUGCUGCUAGAGGCAGGCAGGCGUUGGGGCUGAGACAGACAGAAUCCUCAGACUGACAGACAGACAGGCGGACGGAGGAGGGACUGGCGCGAAGGAGCACGCAGGCACAGCUGCAGCUGCCGCUGCCAUCAGCACUCCCUCAGACCCUGGCCCAGUGAGCGAGCGCCCCUUACUCUUCUCUUCCGCCAGAUCCCCGCACCCUCGCGGUGCGGUACUCAGUGGAUUAUCGGCCCCCGGGCUUCUCGGUUCUCGGGAACAUGAAGCUGCCAUCGUUCGUUCUUAAGCUGCUUCUGGCUGCAGUACUGUCUGUAUUGGUGAGUGGAGAGAGCCUAGAGCGAGCUCAGAGCCGGCUAUCGGAGAACCGUGGAACAGAGAAUCCCGAUUCAUCCACUGCAUCUUUGAACCAGCUGCUUCAUUCACGGGCUAGCAGAACAGAAGUCCUUGACCUACAGGACACUGAACGUGCCCUUGUUAGAGUUUCAUUGUCUUCCAAACCACAAGCUCUGGUCACUCCAAGCAAGGAAGCAAAUGGGCAGAAGAGAAGAAAAGCCAAGGGAAUGGGGCGGAAGAGAAACCCCUGUUUGGGGAGGUACAAGGACUAUUGCCUCCAUGGAACAUGCAGAUAUCUGCCAGAACUUCGAGCACCGUCAUGUCACUGCCCAACAGGAUACUAUGGAGAACGGUGCCAUGGAAUGAUUCUCCCCGUGGAAAACCCCUUGUAUGGCUAUGACCAUACCACAAUUUUGGCGGUGGUGUCAGUAGUGCUCUCUUCAGUCUGCCUCCUCAUCAUCGCUGGGCUGGUCAUGUUCAGGUACCAUAAAAGAGGAGUUUAUGAUGUAGAAAGUGAAGAGAAAGUGAAGCUGGAGGCUCCUGUGGCCCACUGAUGGAAAUCCUGAGUGUUAAUGGUAUCAGCUGGGACGUGCUACCUCCUGAGAAGACCCAAAAGCACAGCUGCAAACUUUGCCAACUGGAGGCAUUUCCCCAAUGUCUGUGAAGAUAAAGACUCCCUAGUCCCAAGCUGAGGUAUUGAUUGGGCCUCUACAACUGUUUCCUCAAAAUGUCAGAGCCUCCAAGUGCCAAGUAGAUUAUGUCAAAGGGAAUCUGGAAAGGAAAAAGGCGAAAGAAAUGAUGUUCUUUCCCCCUCCCCCAUCGAAGUUUGUUUAUGCGUUCAUGUUUUGGAUUUAAAAUGCCAGUAAAAUUCCAUAUGCUCUAAAAGUCUUUGAAGAAGAAGGAGAGAUUUGUGGGCUAUAGAAUGAAGGAAAAAACAAAAAGGACUGAAAAGCCAAGCACUCCAGUAGUCACUGAGAAAUCUGCUUUUUGGACUCUCCAGCUGUAUGUUUGAUGAGCUAACUGUGAAAGACUGCAAGCCCCAAAACACUGAACUUUGGGACUUUAUCUACAUAGAAAAGUAAUUUAACAGAUAUUUUUGUUUGUAAAAAAAAGCUUUUAAAUUAUGUAUUUAUUUUAUUCUAUGUAUGUUAAUUUAUUUAGUUUUUAACAACCUAACAAUAAUAUUUCAAGUGCCUAGACUGUUACUUCAGCAGCAAUUUCAUACCCCGCCAUCUGGGUGAAAGAGAAACCUCCUAUACCUACGCUUGUUCUUAGCCAGCCGUAUAACUUGUCUGUGAUAAUAAUGUAUUAUUGUCUGUGAACAUUUCUGAUGAUAUCGCAUGGGCAGGAUGCCACAGAGGGGACAGAAUUCUGCAUUGUCAGGAUCUAUAUCUCGGGGCUCUAAAAAUGCUCGAUCCACUCUAUGAGUUGGAUGGCAGUUUUGCCUACUGCUUUUUGUAUUGCUGUUUGUUUCCAAUACUGGAUGUGCUGAUGUUGCAAUGUAACAGACUUCAGCCUUGUCUUGUUUUCUCCCUCUGAAAUCUCAUGAAGGCACAGGCUCUCGGGCCAGCCUGAUUAGCACAACUCAGUGUUUGCCCCGUGGGAUGAAGAGAGUGGGAAAUUACUUCCUGUGUUAAUACAUUUCUAUUAUUCCAACAAUUCACCUGGUGCUACUCCAUAUAUCCAGAGGUGCGGUCCUACAGACUAGGUGCUGAAUGGGUUAACAAAACCAAGGGGCAAAGAGAGAAUUAGGCAGCCACAAACUGGCUUGGAAGACCAACGGAAAAGUCAGGCUACAGGUCUCUGUUGUUUAAAGCAGAUGUAUGGUGAGUGAGAAGGAAGGGUGGGUUUCUUUGACCUGCCCCACCCGCCAAAACUCAAAAACAAGAACAAAAAAUUUCUUCCAUUGUUGACUCCACUAGUUUCUAGCAACUCUACUGAACUGUUACAUUCUAUACUUCCAAAUCUGGUUCAUAUUUACACUCUACGACACAAAUAAAAAUAACCUUUACUCAACA